UAAGGUGGUUCGAUUUCCAUACUAGUUUAUUUAUUCAAAUAUGGGCACACGCCACUUAAUUUUACAUUGAAACUUAUUUCGUUUGCAUUUAUUUUUGUAUAUAUUUGCGUGAAAUUGCUUUUCAACAGAAAAUACUGUUAAAUCAUCGUAAAAACGAGAUCAAUAUUUGUUUAAAAUUUGUUAAUGUAUUAGUGAACGGUUACAGUGUCAUACGCUUCGGAAUAUCCAUUAGUGUGCGUAGCUACGUUGUCAGUUCGCUGAAAAUGCGACGUUGCCGCUCUUGCUCGUGUGUGAAACGGUGUGUCACUUGCCCUCUCCCUUCGUUAAAGAAGCGUUCAUAAAUUACGUUCACCCGAACGUUUUAUAAUAACAGUAUUUCUGCUGCCAGAUGAUCGAACAACCCGCUCAUUAUGAAUCGGUAAGGUUAUACGUCGAAAUGAAUCUUUUUCGAUUCUGAAUGCGACCAUAACCUAACCUGUUCCGGCUUUUCGGCGGGAAACGGGAACGGGACAGUUGCUUUCUUCAUUGAGUAAUCUAAAUAAUUAAUACGAAGUGGUGUUUUGUGGUUAGUUGGAAGACAUUCGCGAGUGUUAUUAUAUUGGAGUAUUCAAUAAACAAAGUGUAUCUGCCUAUUUUCGCUUCGUGCCGGGAAGCCGCUUCAUAACUCAAAAGUUUAUGCGGACUUUUGAGUUAAUUCGUUUGGGGUUCGGAGUAGGAGUCUACUCCGAGGGUGGGGGCUUAGGUUUCAUCAUCAUCACCUUUCAUCAUUUCAUUAAUCAUCAAGAAAAAAAUACGUCAGACAUGGCUGUAUGGGCAUAGUUCCCUUUGCCUUACCCUUCGGGGAAAACCAAAACAAAAAAAAAACUAACCUGUUCCUGUCAUGUCAUGUCAUUCGUUUCUUUUCCACUUCCAAUUUAUAUUGUAAUAGUUUGGUUAUUUGUUUUAUUAAAUAAUUUAUUCAUCGAGUUUUGUGAAACUUGUGGGGCCGGGCGGAUUAAAAUAUGGAACCUCAAACUAGUCGCAAAGACUACUUAAACCACCAGUAUUCUGGCCCCCGGAAAAAUCGAAAACGAAGCCAAGCACAAAUGAAACGUUAUCAUGGAGAAAUAAAAAGCCGUAGCGACGUAUGGUGCAAGAAAAAAAAACUAAAUGACGAAAACGACGUGCCUUCAAACAAAUCUGUAGCAAAUAAUACUCUCAAAACCUACAGUGGAAGUAAAAAAAAAAAUCUUGUGGAAGCAAAUUUUACUGACACUCAGCAAAGAACUGAGAAAGAGCCCCCCCGAUCAAAACCUUUGGAGGUAAAUUGGCCACUGAUUGAUCCCACUGUUAAAAGCCACGAGUUAACUGUGGAAUAUGCACCAGAUAGUUUGGGUAGUCUGUCUGGUAACAGGUUUGUUGAUCUACCACAUGUCCUUAUGUGGGCUUUCAAACUUGAGAGACACCGUUCGCAAUGUGGUGGUAGCAGCAUAGUCUUUGUUGAGGAGUUUAGAAAUGGUUUCAACAGUAUGUUUACUUUCCAAUGCAGUAUGUGUGAGAAACAAUUUAGAUACUGCAAUGAAAAAGAUGAAAAUCUUAACAAAGCGUUUGUUUGGGGGACAUUAACAGCUGGAAGCUAUUAUGCACAGGCUGCACACAUCACCAACUUGAUGGAUAUACCUACAAUAUCAGCUUCCAAAUUCCGAGAGACAGAAAAAUUAUUAGGUGAAGUUUGGAAAGAUGAACUAACUGAGGAGAUCCAAAAAAAUGGAGAAAGAGAAAAGGCUAUUGCUAUGCAAAAAAAUAAUGUAGAUGCAAAUGGUAUUCCAUACAUAACAGUGUAUGUGGAUGGAGGCUGGCCUAAACGAUCAUAUGGCCAUGAUUAUAGCUCUCCAUCAGGCAUGGCCUGCAUUAUUGGAAAAGAGACCAAGAAAUGCUUAUUCUUAGGCAUAAAAAACAAAUAUUGUUACCACUGUCACAUUUAUGAAAAAAAAAAGAACAAGUUUCGGAGCAUAUGUGUUUCAAGAACUACGAAGGACCACACACACACAUACACAUACAAGCAUUUAUAAAUUUGAUAUUUUCUU